CUUUUAAUCUCUUCCAUUGAAUCCAUUCUACCCAGACGGAGAAUAAGAUCCACAUACGACAGCUUCUGCCCUUUCAGCAAUUUAUUUUGCUCGAGUACAAUGGACGGAGCACAAAUUCUGCUUGAGAAUGCGAGAACCAGCACCGACCGUCAUCCACUAGUCUCCCUGUUGUCUGCGUGUUUUUGGGUCAUUCUCUGGCUGCUCUCGUGGGCCAAAGCUUUGGUCACUUUCACGACGAUAUCCAUCCCUCGAUCCAUAUAUUCGGUGUUAUCCUACUCGAUGACUCUAACGCUCAAUUUCUGGUCAUUCGCUAUCAUCUUUGCUCUUUCCGCCGUCGCUUUGAACUAUUGGAUUCGAUUUGGUUACCUUAAUGAUUACGCUCACUUGAAGGAACCGCCGUUACCCAAACCUGACGCUAAGGAGCUUCACCCUGAUGUUAAUACAGAUCCACCUCCCUCAUUUCAUAAUUAUUUAGACGACUUCUUACAAGCAGUUCGGGUUUUCGGAUUCCUGGAGAAACCGGUCUUCCACGAACUAGCACGACACUUGCAGACCCGUCGGUUAAUUGCCGGCGAUUCCAUCUCGCUUGGCCAGGACAAGAGUUUCUAUUGCGUUAUCGAUGGGACGGUGCAAGUUUACGCUCAGACAGGUAAACCAGCCGACGAAAAACACGGUGCUUGGGACAACGAGGAUAUGAAUGGUUUCCAAUUACUGAAUGAGGUCGGCAGUGGGGGCACACUAUCCAGCUUGUUCACCAUACUCAGUUUGUUCACCGAAGAUGUGAAAAUGAGCUGGCAGGAUGGGCCAGUCGAAUCUUCACCGUACGCUUCUGGGAUAGAGUCACCCUUUCUAGCGCGUAAUCGCGCUAACUCUGAUGUUUCUCAACUCGAACUGGAGCAACAACAGACACCGAAUCUGAGUCGUCGUCGGGGUUCAUCAGGCUCAUCUAUAGCUUCUACGGUUCAUGCCACAACCCUGAAGAAUUUCAACGUCACUCCUAGUGCUCGAAGCGGUAUAUCCCCACCGCUUUUGGAAGAGGACCUAGUUCCUGAAUCUCCUCGACCGCAAUCCGAAUAUGAACAGAGACAUAACGAUCUAGUGGCUCGCGCGAGCGAAGACACAACUUUAGCUGUGAUACCAGCCGAAGCCUUCCGACGACUCACAAAAAAAUAUCCCAAGGCCACCGGCCACAUCGUGCAGGUUAUUCUCACCAGGUUUUCUCGAGUGACUUUCAAUGCCGCUCAUAAAUACUUGGGGUUGACCUCGGAGGUCCUUCGCACGGAAAAGGCUAUUAACGAUAUUGCCAAUUAUCCUCUACCGCCAUCCUUCUAUGAAGGAGGCGGAUUGCAAUAUUUAAGGCAACGAUUUGAAAGCAAAGAUUCAGAGAGUGCUUCCGGCGAGACCGAUUAUUUUUCCUCGCCUAGAUCGAUACCAAGAUCUCCAGAAAAGAGAGGCAAAACACCCAGUACUGCCCGCCCAGCACAUUCAAUCAGCUCGGGUUCCUCUGGCACGGCUUUCUCCGCACCCUUUACAUUUCACGUAGCUCGUCAUACCGCACAAGCUGGCGAUCUUCUUAGCAGCACAUACAACACAGAAGAAGGAGGGUACAACCGGGGUCCUCUCACUCGCUCCUAUAGCAUCCUGAACACACCACGGGUCUCCCAUAGUGCUAUAGACCACCAUCGAAGAGCUGCAAGUGGCAAUUCGUCUCUGGAGGAUUUUGAUCUUCGGGAAGAAGUCAUGUCCUGCAUUGCGAAGUCGAUUGGGCUCCUGCAGCCACCUCUUAGUGGGAGUGACUCGAUUGAAGCUUCGCCUCCCUUUCCUCCUACCAAUCCACGUCGAUCUCCUGCGUCGGGUCCCCAGAUGUUUAAAUCUCCUUUCAGUUCUCUUUCGUUAUUAGAUCUUGCAGAUGAUUCCUCCAGUGCUACGGGGGGCUCAUCCACGAUAGCUACUUCGGAUGGAUAUAUGAGCGGCUUGGAUAAUGAAGUGGAGAUGCUGUAUUUUCCUGCUGGUUCCAUGCUGGCAAAGGCCGGAGAACACAACACAGGCCUCUUUUACGUCAUCGAGGGUUUCUUGGAUAUCCUUCUUCCAGACAGCUCGGAUCAUUCGGCAUCUAAACCCACACCAGCCAGCGUGAGGACGCCCUUUACAGAGCCCCAACAGAGGGACAACAGAAAACAUCUCUUCACUGUGAAGCCAGGUGGCAUCGCUGGAUACCUUGCUUCACUGUGUCAUACCCCUUCAUAUGUGGAUAUCCGAGCGAAAACAGAUGUUUACGUCGGUUUCCUUCCGUCUCACUCCCUGGAAAGGAUCCUUGAAAAGAGACCUAUUGUAUUGUUGACGCUCGCGAAGCGCUUGAUCUCUCUCUUGUCGCCCUUAGUGCUACACAUCGAUGCCUCGCUCGACUGGAUGCAAGUCAAUGCAGGUCAAGUACUUUGGCGGCCAAACGACACGAGCGAUAGUUUCUAUAUCGUCAUUAAUGGCCGCUUGCGUGUCAUCACUGAUAAUAAGGAGGACGAUGUUAUCAAAGUCGUCGGAGAGUAUGGUCAAGGCGAUACGGUAGGAGAACUGGAUGUCAUUACAAGUUCAUUACGAAGGAACACUGCACACGCUAUUCGUGAUACAGAGUUGAUUAGAAUGCCUCAAACACUCUUUAAUGCUAUAUCUGCUCGGAAUCCUCAGACAACUGCUCAAUUACUCCGCAUGAUUGCCUCAAGGGUUAGGGAUGAGGUCGACGCUUCCUCUCAUGCACAGCUGCGUCUGUCAGAACAACGUAACAACUAUAACCUGAAGACCGUGGCAAUACUUCCCGUUAAUCGAAACGUGCCUGUCGAAGUAUUCGCGAAGAAAUUGCAGACAGCGUUGGAGGGCAUCGGGGCGAGUACUGCGUUUCUUACCCAGGGUUCAAUGUCAAGUCACUUAGGACGACACGCCUUCACAAGGAUGGGUAAAUUGAAAGCAGCAGGUUGGCUCGCUGACCAGGAACAAAGAUAUCGGACCGUUCUAUAUGUGGUAGAUUCAGCAGUCAACAGCAAUUGGACUCAGACUUGCAUCCGCCAGGCUGAUUGUGUUAUGGUCGUCGGAAUGGGCGAUGAUCCGUCAUUGGGUGAAUACGAACGCCUCCUAUUGUCUAUGAAGACUACUGCGCGCAAAGAAUUGGUUCUUCUCCACUCAGAUCGUUCUGUUGUCCCAGGAUCGACUCGAGAAUGGCUAAGGAAUCGUCCAUGGAUUCAUCAACAUAUUCACGUCGAACUUCCGGGACUAAGCUUACCGAUCCCUAAAAUUAUCCUGCCCAAGGAGCCCGACCCUAUGUCAAGAUUGAGGAACUUGAAAGACAAGGUACAACACGAGAUUCAAAAGUAUCGCAAAGGCUCGCACGACCCUCGGCCUCAACGCAUGCCUCAUGUAAACGACUUUUCGCGUUUGGCUCGAAGGCUAUGCGGCAAAUCCAUCGGUUUGGUUCUUGGAGGAGGAGGAGCCCGUGGGAUAGCUCACCUUGGGCUCAUCAGAGCAUUGGAAGAGUAUGGCAUACCGAUUGAUCACAUUGGAGGGACAAGCAUUGGAUCUUUACUUGGAGGCCUUUAUGCUCGUGAGGGUGAUAUCCUGUCGAGCUCGGCACGGGCCAAACAAUUCAGCGAAAGGAUGGGCAAUUUUUGGAGAAUCCUUUCGGAUGUGACCUACCCUAUUGUCGCAUAUACUACGGGUCAUGAGUUCAACAGGUCCAUUUACAAGGCGUUUUACGAUCUUCACAUCGAGGACAUGUGGUUGCCUUUCUACUGUAAUACAACGAAUAUCAACACAUCCCGAAUGGAUAUCCAUGACACUGGAUACGCCUGGAGAUUCAUUCGUGCUUCAAUGACGCUUGUCGGUCUCCUCCCGCCCAUCUGUCAUAAUGGGAACAUGUUAGUAGACGGGGGAUACGUCGACAACUUGCCUGUUUCAACCAUGUUUUCCAUGGGAGCCAGUGCCGUAUUUGCAUGCGAUGUAGGAUCAAAUGUCGAUAACUCACCGCGAAAUUUUGGGGAUACAGUCUCCGGCUGGUGGCUGUUCGUUAACAGAUGGAAUCCUUUUUCGAACGCACGGAACGUACCUGCCAUCACUGAGAUACAGAGUCGGCUAGCAUACGUCUCGAGUGUCACAACCCUUGAGGACGCCAAGGUGACUCCGGGGUGCCUCUAUAUUCAGAUGCCUGUGCAGGACUAUGGAACAUUACAAUUCAAUAAGUUCGAGGAAAUUCGGAAGGUCGGGUACGACGCCGCAGUCAAGAUAUUAGACAAAUGGGCGGAUGAAGGUGUCUUACCAUCAGCAGCUAUCAAAGGUACCCCCGGCAGUAGCACGAAAGGGCGUUCUGCUCGUCGUAAUUCAAUUUAGAAUAAUCAUAGAAUCAUUGAAAAGGCACUU